CAUUGUUUGAACAUUGUCACUGCUGGCAAUCUACAAUAAACAAAAGCCCCAGCUUUGCUUUAAACUCUGAUUUAAAUAAAAACAGCCGGUACCGGUAAAAAACCGGCCCCCAACUCAAUAAGAGAUUAUUUCCACGUAAACGCAAAGAAUGUCGCUUUAUUACUUGCCGAAAAAUGGGCAAAAACAGUCAAAGUGUUUAGUUGCAAAAAAUAUCAAGUUGCCGUGACCACAUUGCAAUUGUUUUUUGGAAGUUUUUCAAUUCUGUUGUUCCACCUUUUUAAAUUAAAAAAACCUCAAUUCCGUGAUUAUUCAACAGUUGCAGUUUUUAUGUUUUUGGGGGUUGUUUAAAUUUUGCGAAUUGUUAGGUUAGGAACAGGCCCUUGCGGGGGCCUAUUUCAGUGAUUUGAGACUUGAAGUCGAAUAAACUGACCCACAAUGUGUUUUUUGCGUUCGAUGCAGUUUCUUUCAUGACAAAAUCUGCAAACGUAAUCUGAAGUUACAAUCGACAGUUUGCAGUUCUUCGAAAUGAAUAAUGUGCGUGCCUGAUUUCCCAGUUCUUAGAACGCCUAACCGGUUUUAAAUCUAACUAACAAGGGUGCUUCUGAGAACUGACAAUUCUUUGCCCCACUACCUGAAGUUUUGUGAGCUUAACAGUGCCCUAAAGUCACCUUGAAGUCUGAAAUAAAUUUAGUUGACGCCUCUUCUCACGACCUGUCUAGACUAGAUCGGUCCCACAAGACGGAAAAGUUUGGUCUAGCUACCAGUUAUUUUGUUAUUUUUAUAACUACUUAUUUAGGUCUGGUGAUGUCAGCAGUUGAAUAAUGAUUUCCGACUCUGCUAUGUGAGUUAAUAAAAAAUGAAUUGGGUGACGCAUUGCAGCACUGAUUCCGCUGAUUACCAAGUAUUUAAUCUGAAAGGAAGCUCAAUAAAACUGGCCAAGUGGCAGACUGAACCAUUUACUGAAAGAGUAUUACAACAGUUGAACGACGAACCGAAAGUGAUACUGUCAUCGGUGAAAAAUAACAAAAGUUUCAGAAACGUCCAACGGACGGAUCACAAUGUACCAGAUUUGUGUGACAUUGGAAACUACGUUGAAUGCUCAACCCACGAAGAUAUUAUUUAUACUAGCGAAAAAUGUGUGAAGUUGCCAGACGAUGGUGGUUUUUUCUUCGACAUUGAGGAAAAAACAGACAAUGCGAAAAAACACGACGUCGAAAAGGAACUUAGUAUAAUGUUCCAAAAUGUCACCACAGAAGAAGAAACAGCAAUAAAAAAACCGUCACAUCGUCGUCGACAACAUAAACCCAAGAAAACGAAAAACUUGCGUGAACUGCUCAUCCAACUAUUCGGAAGUCCAUUGGAUGACAUCGAAAAACCACCAAAAACGCCCCAAAAAGUGCAAAACAAUCGAAGACAAUCUCUGCCCGUUUCGAUCCAAAUUGCGGGUGCGGAUUUUUUCAAACCGGUGAAAAUUAACAAUAAACGUAAAAGUGAAGCAGACAUUCCCUCGUGUAAAAAAGUGCAAAAAACGGUGCAAGUUCCAGUGUUGGAGGUAUUCAACGUUGAUUACCUCAGUGUUGCGGAGUUGAAAAUACCACCAAUAUACUCAGAAACUGCCACUAGUAGUGUAACACUUGAAGAACUGAAAGUGGCCACUGUUUUAUACAAACCUCGUUUGAGCAAAACUCAAACCGUGACCAAUACGCACAUCAUUGAUCUGACUCAGGAUAGUAGCAACAGUUUUAGUUCGACUGAUAUACCUGUGGAAAUUAAAGGCGAACAAGCCAAUGUUGGUUUGUCUAUGCCGUCUUUAUCACCACUUGAGGAAGGAGCGAAAUCUCGUCCGGAAACCACAUCCGUUCAACCGCCAAAAACCGUAGAAAAAAUGGUGGCUACUACGCAGCGUAGGCAAAGUGUUGACAAUGUGCAAUCGCAGCCGAACACUCGGAUUCAAAUCAAUCGGCAACAGAGUGCUCCACAACUGCAGCAAGCCGAGAGACCAAUAAGAGCGCAACAGACGGCGUUAGAGCAGUUGAUGGAGUGGAGGAAGAAUCAAAUACAACCGCCGAGUCAACCGCAUUGGAUUUCCAACGAGCAUAAUAUGCCACAAUUGUUGCGAAUUCACCAAAACACACCGAGUGGUUAUCUCCUCAUUUCGAAUAGGGUGUGUGGGGAAAAAAUCUUUCCAUAUGUUUACAAGUAUUACGUAUGGAAACAAAAACUAGUCCAGUUGAUGGACUUGAAGAAGAGUCUCUUUUCCGCUGAUGAAGUGAAAGAGAAUCUCGAGACUCUUGCUAGUUACUAUGAGGCGACCAGACGGAAUAUUGCCAAAAGAUUGAUCAAAGAGUUAUUACCACUGGAGAUAUUUAAUUUUGUGCUUAGUGAUGUCUUGAGUACGAUAUCGACUAAAAUGGUCGAGAAGCAGUUAGAUGGGGGUCUGUGCCGUGUUUGUUGUUUAAUCCAUAACAUCAUGCAGGGGUUUGAGGACGCUUGCAUUACCCCGUUUACCAAGAGGUUCUAUAGCGUUGUUAGUGCUUCAAUGGGACGACUCGAUGAACGAUCCCGGCAUGUUUCAGUGUUUACAAGCCAACAAUUGAAACUACUGGAACUGCAAAUAACGCAGUUCCAUUUGAUUCAGUGUUGGAUUAACGCCCGAGCACAUGCCGCCAACCAAAGACCCAAAUCACCCAAAACCAAUAAGAGGAAAACGACUGUGAUACAGAGCAAUCCAGCGAAAAGAAACGAAAGAACUAUUGUACCUAGAAUUCUGGUACAUAGCAAGGAAAAUGUGCAAUCUACUCUUACGCCAAAACCACCAGAGCUUCCUCCGUAUAGGAGCUAUAACCAAGGGCCACUGGUGAAUGUUUCAAGGCCACAAGAGACUAACAAUGUGACAUUUCGUAUGCCACAAGAGACUAGCAUUUUUGCGUUCUCAAGACCUCAAAUACCAAUCCUUCCAAGGCCGCCGCCACCACAACAAGUGGCCGAAACACAGCAAACUAAUAUUGUUCCAAGGACGCCAGAAACGAACGUUUCGACGUCGUUCACAAGGCCACAAGAAUUGACUCUUAGGUCGUUGUUGAAUUCGCAAGCAAGACCUCAAGAAGCUAAUACUGAACAAGGAUGGAGUAAAGUACCUGAACGAGUCCCUACAGUGCAAUCAACGGAAACCAAAGAACCGCAAACAGCUGAAGCGACGGCAGAAGAAGCGAGGAAAGAUAGCGACGAUGUGAUUGAUCUGACAUGGAUUGACGAUGCGGAUGAGAAGGCUAUUUACGAUGAGAUAAUUGAGUGUAAAGUGUUUGAGUUCAAAGAUGAGUUUAAAAAUGACAACAAUGCGGGAGAGACGUCGGAUCGAGAAGUUGUUUCACCGGCCGAUAGUGGGUUAGGGAGUCCGGUUGAGCAAACGGACGAUGGGUUCAAAUGUCUCUGUGGGAACAGAGCCAUUUAUGUAUGCGCUUGCAAGUCGUCAAUGUAUUGCAGUCAAGAGUGUCAAGUUAACGACUGGACGUACCACCAAAAAAUGUGUAAUAAAACAAAGUCCUAAAAUGAAGCGUUGUUAAGAUCAGUAUUAAGUUGUUAUUUCAUUUUUUAUUGUUUCAAGAUUAUCUAAAUUGUAUUUAAUCUUGUUGAAUAUUAGUUUAGUAUUUUUUCUUAUUUUUGUAAUUUCCAUGCAUUACCAAAGUUGAAUAAAGUUGUUUUGAUAUU